GUCAGUCAAUAAUAAUCGCCAUAAUAACAACGACGGACCAGAUCGAUCUGCUUCCAGAGCUUUUGUUUCCGUUUCUGUUGUCUCUCUCUCGUGUCUCCCUUCUCCGUACUGUACCUCUUUCUCUCUCCCUUUCCCUCCAUUUCCCAUCCUACGCGCCUUCGAUCCCCAGGCUUUCCCUGUCCCGGACCCGUCGGACGAUCCGCCAGGACCCUCGCUCCCUGUUCUCCACAUCUCGUCUCAAAUAUGACGCUGAGCCGGGGCGUCUCCCGGGUGCAUCGCUUUGUAGCUCCAUCUGGCCCUGCACAUCGCCAUCAGUGACCUACCAGCCGUGAACAACGCAUCUCAUCGAAAUCCUACCGUGUUCUGGGCCCGCCAACCAGCGGAUUCCCCUGUCUAUCUCUCGUCCUUCCCUCCUCUGCCCUGUCCCUAGCUGCUGGUUGGCCCGAAAGCAUGCAACAUGUCCGGCGGUGAUCUCGACCACGUUUUGGGCACGCUUGACAACUCGCCUCACCACUCCUCUGCCUCGCGUCCUCCGUCCUGGCAGAGCGCCCACCAUGGCUUCUAUUACCGCCAUCCCAACACCGCGGUCAAGAGUGACCCUGUCUUGGAUCCCACCGCCCCUCCGGCGCCUGAGGCCCUUCUUGAAAACGCCUAUCUCCCGCCCCAGUCCGAUAUCGUGUCAGCCCAGCAUCCUUCCGCGUCUGCAGGCGCUCCGCACUAUGCGCAUAACAAUAAUAACAACAGUAGCAACAUCCACGAAGAAAGCGGUCGAACCUCUCCCGAUCCCCACGAGUAUUACCGGCCGCAUCGGGUUUCGGUGGCUGAGAGAGACAUGGUUGGGCAGCACCCAGCCCAUGCCGCCGCAGCAGGACCAGACGACAACGUGACCGCAGUGACACAUUCGCGGGCAGCCAGAGUCGCUUCCCUGUCGACGGACUCGUCGGAUCUACCUCGUCCCAGUCGCCCGCAGUACCGUUCUACUUCGGCCUCCUCUUACGCAGGAAGACCCGUUGUCCCUGCACGGUCCAGACAGAUCUCCUUCAAGGACCUCGUCAACAAGUUCAACAACAACUCCGACGAAAUCCUUCCCGUGCCAUCUCCAUCCAGGUCCCGGACUCGAUCGUCGGCUCGGAGCCGGUCUCCCAGCAUCCAAGGACGACGAUCCGCAUCGCGACCUCCCUCAUACCGACGAGAAGUCCUCGAAAGUACUCUGAGAGCACCGGCUUUUACACGGUGGAAUUCGGCGGGCGCUCCCCUGCAGGCUUCCUCCCCGGGCCGACACCUGGACACCUCUGCGAGGAUAGCGAAUGAACCCCGCUUUGCAACACUUCCGACGCUCGACACUCGUUUUCAAAAUCCUGCACACGGGACCCUACACCAAUUACGACGUCGCGGUUCCGAAGGGAGCAUUGCCAGCUCGAUCCCGGGAUCUCUAGAGCAUUAUCUGAACCAGUCGCCCUUGACGCCCACAGCCUGGUAUCUUGGGCCUACAAAUCCGUCCCCGGAGAUUGCUGGAGGUAGCGGAGUUGAUAUCAGUUAUCAUAGGCGAUCAAGGAGCGACGAUUUCACGGCAAAUCCAAACGCGUGGGAUCAGGAUAUGGCCGUGCCACAGCAUUGGGGCCCCGGAGCAGUUCUGGGAUCACCGUCCAAGUCUCGCAUUCCGCUUUCAUCCAGUCGUCUCAGUCAAGAGUCCGCUUCAGGCAGUGUGCCACCACCCCUGGCAACGACAAAUCAAACGUUCCGCACCCGCUCCUCCCAAAUUCCUUUGCCACCAAAGGGCACCAGUCGCCUUCCUGUACCGUCUCCUAAAUCCGCCCGUGUCCAAGAUGCACCCUCAGUGUUCCCAAUAAAGCCCGUAAUGAGAAGAAAAGAUGUCGUGCAUGGCCGCGGUCAUCGCCAACCGCCGGAGAAGAGUCCGCUUCUGACAGCAUACAUUGCCGCUCCACCGCCCAAAAAGUCCCCCCCCUUGCGAAGCUCCCGACCGCGCCAACCGGUAUCAAAUGCUGUCGCAUCCUCGUCCCGCUCUAGGGUCUCCGAGAAGGUGUCCACCCUCCAAAAACAGGUACAGUCCCGCAAUACGAGACCCCGGGAGAGGCGAGUCGCCGAAUUGGGCAAGGUCGACUUCGCUAUGAGACGGGAGAAGAUCCAGCAGGCCUUUAACCGCACGGUCCAAGAAAAUGCGAGGAAGGAAGAGCGAGCAGCGCAGCUUCGCCGCCGAGAGAAUACGGAGAAAGAACGGAAGCAAGGAGACACAUCAAUCCGCCCUACGGGGCCGCCGCCAACAGAGAGCCCAGACUCGAAUAAUCACCGGCAGACGGAGGAUGCGGCCACCGUGAUAGAUGACUCGAUUGAAGUCCUCGAUGAGAAAGAACAAGCAAAUCCGGACAAUGAGGGUGUGGAUACCAAUUCUGAAGACGUUUCUCGACUCCGAAUCGAUGUCGACAUUCCUGUGGGUGAUCUGGACGUAGGAACAGGCGACGAAGCUCGCCUAGCCAUCACAGACUCGCCGACCCUGGGACUGGCAGAUAUCGCGAAUAGGGAACAGGAGUCAACUACUAUCUCACAUCUCCCGUCCUCUGAAAAUCCCUCUAUCGACCCCUCCGAUGCCCCUCCAGCUCCCCCCUCCUCUGUGACUUCUGGAUCAAAUGACACUUUUGUCACCACCUUCGAUCCAGAUUCGCAGGCACAGUCGCAGACUGAAUUGCCCGAGCAAGACUUCCAGCCACAUAGAACCCUGUUGAGCCAUAUCAUGCGAAUGCGCGAGUCCAGUCCGAGCAGCUCGUCGAGUGAUGAACCUGAGUAUGCUUUCUCGGAUAGUGAUGACAAAGAAUCUAUACCCAUUUUGCUCAGGGAAACAGCUUAUCCUGAUGACUCUGUCGGAGACAGCGACCACCACGAAUAUCACGAUUUCUAUGAGCGGCAACAUCAGACUGGCGAUGAAAUCCCAAACCGAUGGAGUAUGAGCUCCUGGUCGUCCUAUAUCCGACAUCAGUAUUCUGCGGACUCUCGCGAGAACACCCAGGACAUCUUGCCUCGUGCCUCGUCCCCAGAUGAGAGUGAACAUGCCUCUUCUUGCUCCGCUCCGUCCACUGCUCCUCCAUCGGUUGUGGAAGAUCGACCUACCACAUCACAUUCGCAGCCGGACCAGUUGAUGGAGCAGAGAAGCCAGGAAGUCCUGCAACAGAACCUGGGCGGUCCCAGUUUGGCCCGACAAGGAGGGUGGGACUCUAAACGGGUUACCCAACUCUAUCUCGAAGAGCUCGCUCGUAGUCGGGGCCAUACCCUGCCUAUGCCAGCUGUUAGAGCACCCCAGGAGCCCCAUCUUCUGGACAUUGAGAGACCUGCAGAGGAGCGGGCUAACAGCCUGACCGAUGAUCCAGUCGUUAUACCCAGGUUCGAAGAUGUCCCGGCCUCAGAGCGGAUUGGUCACAGCGCAAGCCUUGUCUUUCGAGAUGAUUGGGAGCAUGCCUCGCCUUCCAUUGCAGAUUGGAUGCAGGUCGCCGCCGAAGACGAACGCGCACCGGCUGAGGAGGCUUACGAUACCGCAGUGAGACAUGAACGUACUCCAACUCCGCAUUUCGCCGUAUCUGAAGCGGAACCUUCAGGCACGGAGGAACCCGAGCCUGGCUUGGGACUUACCAUUAACGACCAACCGCCCGAGGAGUUUGACUCCCAGGCCAUAUGCCCCCCUCCAUUACCGAUGCACUCACCUCCACCUCCACCCUCCCAGUUCCCACCUGCUACUGCACAGGCUGACGAUACCCAUGCGCCACCACUGGCAUCACCACCAUCACCACCACCUCCUCCUCCAUUAAAUGCAGCAAGUGGUCAUUCCGAAGAAGCCGAAGGCAGUUUUGCAGGCGCAGAGCCAGUCCAUAGUACGGACAGCAGCGAGAAUUCCUCUCUCCGGCGACUUGGACCAGCUUCAUCCUCACAGGCUCGUUCGUCAGCCACUUCUCUUCUCCCGCCGAGCUCGGAGCAGAUCAACCUAGAAAUCAAGAGGGUCUCACCAUCCCCGGAGCAACGUCGCCUUAAAAAACGACGGCAUGUCAUUAAGGAACUUGUAGAUACGGAAUGCACCUUUGGAAGAGACAUGAAAGUUGUGAAUGACAUUUAUAAGGGGACGUCCAGCUCCUGUUUAGAUUUGUCACUGGAGGAUGUGAAGGUCCUCUUUGCAAACUCUGACCAGAUUGUGCAUUUCUCCAUGAGCUUUCAAGAUGCACUGAAGGCGUCUGCGAGAAGUGUCUAUGUGAUGCCGAGAUCGCAACGGUGGAGUAGUAAACGGAGCGCUCGAAGGGACGUUACAAGCACUCCCAAGGAUGAACGCUCUGCAGACGCGGAAAUAUCUGAUUUGGAGAAAGAUCAAAUGACCACCGUUGGCCAGGCCUUCCUGACACACCUUCCGCAGAUGGAGAAGGUUUACGCCGAUUAUCUCAAGAAUCAUGAUGCUGCUAAUAAGAAAUUACAAGUUCUGCAACGGAGCCCCAAGGUGGCCAUCUGGCUCAAGGAGUGUCGUGAAUGGGCGUCAGACCUUACUAGCGCGUGGGACCUGGAUUCGUUGCUUGUUAAACCUGUUCAGCGCAUACUGAAAUACCCUCUCCUGCUGAAGCAACUUCUCGAUGCAACGCCUGAGAACCAUCCAGAUCAUGCAGCCAUCAUCAGCGCCCUGGAAGGAGUUACUGACAUCUCUGUGCGUAUCAACGAGAUGAAAAAGCGGGCCGAACUAGUAGAGCAAGUGAUCAACCGGAAACGAAAAGAAUCCGAUGUUCGCGCGGGCUUAUCGAAGGCCUUUGGUCGCCGUACGGAGAAAUUGAAGCAGCAGGUCGGUCUUUCCGAUAUGUUUGAAGAUAAGAGCUAUGAUACUCUCGCCCAGAGAUUUGGCGAUAGCUUCUUCCAGCUGCAGGUGGUUAUGCGCGACGUCGAGACAUAUACCCGGGAGAUGCAGGAUGCCAUGAACCGUUUCAAUGAGUUCGUCUCUGCAAUUGAGGGAUAUAUCGAUGUGACACAGUCUCGCUACCCUGAACUGGAGAGCAAAUGGCGACGAUACAAAGUAGCUGUCUGUGACGUGAUGUCAGCUGCAUUGCCUGAUCAUCUUACCACUGUCCGAAAAAGCGUUAUUGAUCCGAUGGUCACCCUUCUUAGACUGUACGAUGGGCCGCAGAGAGUCAUGCGCAAGCGCGACAAGCGACUCAUGGACUAUGCCCGUUUCAAGACCGUCAAGGAUCGAGGCGAUAAACCAGACAAGAAGACCGCUGAGCAGGGAGAACAGUUCGUAGCGUUGAACGAUGCUCUGAAGGAUGAACUUCCCAAGUUGUAUUCUCUUACCGGGAAGUUGAUGGAGGCGUGUUUGAAGAACUUCAUUCAGAUUCAGGCCACCUGGUUUAGUCUUCUGCAGACGCAACUCGGACAUUUGACGCGCUCAUUCCCAGACGACAUCCAGGAGAUCGUCAAUGACUGGUCCGAGGCUUUCACUUCUGCAGAAUCGCAAGUCCUGACACUCGGGAUCUGCAAUGGCUCGGUCCUCGCCGAUGUUAUCCACAACACCUUCAGCUCUCAUUCCUCGGGUGCGAACGUCAGCUCCCCUAGGCGGCCCUCUACCGUUACCAGCUCCAAUACUCGGCUCGGGUCUAUGGACGAGUCCCCAAAGAUCUCGCAAGAGUUCGGUCGUGCCUUGCGUUCUCAACCGACUGACGGUCAUCGUCCGAGAUCCAAAUCACGCAAUCGUGCUGACUCGGCCAUUUCCGGUCGCAGUGGUGCUACCAGAGCUCCAGAAGCACCUGAGGUUCAGAGGAGCCAGAUGUUGCAGCAAAUCACCACUAACACGUCAACGGAGCAGUUCCCACGCCUUCCUAGUUUGGAGCUUGAUACUCCAUUGCUGGAUGAGAUCCUUGGUGCGGGAACAACUGAAACUGAAAAUUCCACGCUGUCGCCCAACGGCCGCUAUUCAGGAUUCUUUUCAUCUGCGAUGCCAAUGUCUGAUUCUCCGCAUGACCACGUUGCUGAGAAUGCACCUCGCCAGGAGCCUAAAGUGCUAUUCCUUGCUGCCAGCAUUUAUGAAUUCAAUAUUGAUCGUGCGAGACGGGAAGCCGGAUACCCCUAUCUAACAUAUGUCGCUGGAGAGAUAUUUGAUGUUAUCGCUGAAAAGGGAGAGCUAUGGCUUGCCAAAAACCAAGAUGACCCAACCCGCCAAGUGGGAUGGAUCUGGAACAAGCACUUUGCGAAGCUGGCCGCGUAGUUGGCUCACGAGCCAUGAACUUUGCGGCAUUUUCCUGUUUUUCCGUCUUUGCAGAUUUGUCACAUGCGCCGGUCUCUGCCAUAUUUAUGAGACUUUUGUUUGACGACUUAACCGGUUAUUUGAAACGGGAACGUUAGACCACUGUGGCGGAUGUUUCAUCUUGGGAGUCUUUUAUUCUAAUUAUCCUGGCCUUUACUUCUACUUCUUUCCACCUCCACUUCUUUUACUUAUUUCUUUUUGUGUGAUGUUUUUCAAGCGGAUGUUUUACCGGUAUGGCCAUGUAUUGUUUUUUUUCCCCUCUGCCAUUGGCAGUGGUUUACAGUUGUUCUACUCUGAGAUCCGCCCUUCCAGACCUUUUUGCUACGGUCGUCUUACGGGAAAGGUUUUACCGUGGACAGCCAAUAUAGAUACCCAUUAGUAUUAUGAAUUGAAUGAAUGGAACCAGGUGAUAGAUGAUAUCGAUCCACAGCCCUUUUGCACAGAAUGCGGAGCAUCCCACGGAAGCCAAAUUCAG